AUGGAAGGAGCCCACGCCCGCGGAGCGCAGCCGAGACUCUGGAGAGCGCGGUCGGCCGGCGGGGCGCAGCAGGUACCGGGCGCAGGCGGCCGGCCCCGGCCUCCGGGUGAGUCCGAAUUGACCCCUCCUGCAGGCACCAUGGCCCAGGGCUGGGCACUGCUGCUCCUGCUGCUGUUGCCGCGGCAGCUGGGAGUGGUGCUCGCUGCCAGGACCCCGGGGUUUGGCCGAAGCGGCGCCCGCAGCCUGAGCCCCGAAGAGAAUGAAUUCCCAGAGGAGGAGCCGGUGCUAGUCUUGAGCCCCGAGGAGCCCGGGCGCGGCCCAGCCACCAUCGACUGCCCUAGAGACUGCGCCUGCUCCCAGGAGGGGGUCGUGGACUGCGGCGGCAUCGACCUGCGCGAGUUCCCGGGGGACCUGCCCGAGCACACCAACCAUCUGUCCUUGCAGAACAACCAGCUGGAGAAGAUCUACCCCAGGGAGCUCUCCCGGCUGCAUCGGCUGGAGACGCUGAACCUCCAGAACAACCGCCUGACUUCCCGAGGGCUCCCGGAGGAGGCAUUUGAGCAUCUGACCAACCUCAAUUACCUGUACCUGGCCAAUAACAAGCUGACCUUGGCACCCCGCUUCCUGCCAAAUGCCCUGAUCAGUGUGGACUUCGCUGCCAACUAUCUCACCAAAAUCUACGGGCUCACCUUUGGUCAGAAGCCAAACUUGAGGUCCGUGUAUCUGCACAACAACAAGCUGGCGGACGCCGGGCUGCCGGACAACAUGUUCAAUGGCUCCAGCAAUGUUGAGAUCCUCAUCUUGUCCAGCAACUUCCUGCGCCAUGUACCCAAGCACCUGCCGCCCGCCCUCUACAAGCUGCACCUCAAGAACAACAAGCUGGAGAAGAUCCCACCAGGUGCCUUCAGCGAGCUGAGCAACCUGCGUGAGCUGUACCUGCAGAACAACUACCUGACUGAUGAGGGCCUGGACAAUGAGACCUUCUGGAAGCUCUCCAGCCUGGAGUACCUAGAUCUGUCCAGCAACAACCUGUCGCGGGUCCCGGCGGGGCUGCCGCGCAGCCUGGUGCUGCUACACCUGGAGAAGAAUGCCAUCCGGAGCGUGGCUGCGGACGUGCUGACCCCCAUCCGCAGCCUCGAGUAUCUGCUGCUACACAGCAACAAGCUGCGCGCGCAGGGCAUCCACCCGCGGGCCUUCCAGGGCCUCAAGCGGCUGCACACAGUGCACCUGUACAACAACGCUCUGGAGCGCGUGCCCAGCGGCCUGCCCCGCCGCGUGCGCACCCUCAUGAUCCUGCACAACCAGAUCACCGGCAUCGGCCGCAACGACUUUGCCACCACCUACUACCUGGAGGAGCUCAACCUCAGCUACAACCGCAUCACCAGCCCACAGGUGCACCGCGAUGCCUUCCGCAAGCUGCGUCUGCUGCGCUCUCUGGACCUCUCCGGCAACCGGCUGCACACCCUGCCGCCUGGGCUGCCACGCAACGUGCACGUGCUGAAGAUCAAGCGCAACGAGCUGGUCGCCCUGGCGCGUGGGGCGCUGGCCGGCAUGGCCCAGCUGCGGGAGCUCUACCUCACCGGCAACCGGCUGCGCAACCGGGCCCUGGGACCCCGUGCCUGGGCCGACCUCUCUGGUCUGCAGCUGCUCGACAUUGCUGGGAAUCAGCUCACGGAGAUCCCCAGGGGGCUUCCAGAGUCGCUGGAGUACCUGUACCUGCAGAAUAACAAGAUUAGUGCCGUGCCCGCCAAUGCCUUUGACUCUACACCCAACCUCAAAGGGAUUUUUCUCAGGUUUAACAAGCUGGCUGUGGGCUCCGUGGUGGAGAGUGCCUUCCGGAAGCUGAAGCACCUGCAAGUCUUGGACAUAGAGGGCAACUUUGAGUUUGGUGACGUUUCCAAGGACCGGGGCCGGUUGGAGAAGGAAGAGGAGGAGGAGGACGAUGACGACGAGGAGGAAGAGGAAAGGCGGUAG